AUGGUGGUGACGAGUUGGAAUUUAUUUCUGGAUAACGACAAUGAGGAAGAAUUUAAAAGAGAAUAUAAAAGAGCAUAUAAAAACCCUUUCGAGGGUUUAUCUUUUAGCUUUACUUGCGAAGGUAGACCAGUCGGCUUUUACGCGGACGUGGAACAUGACUGCAAGAUUUUUCACGUUUGCAACGAACACGGCGAAAGAAUUCCGGUGUUCUGUCCCUACAAAACGCUGUUUGAUCAGAGACAGAGAAUGUGCACGGAUGAAGAAAUACCUUGCAAGCAAUCGGAGAAAUGGUAUUAUUUGGACAGCUCGAAUUACUAUUCUUACUUUAUGGCAUCUAAGAAAAACUCUGAAGUGACACUUGAAGAAAUCGAUGCGUUCACCGUUAUACCACUCGAGGUUGAUUAA